AUGCUGGAAACCUUUGUUAAUAAUCAAAAUGUAAGAUUAGACAAUAUAGAAAAAAAACUAGCACUUGUCACAAAUCAAAAUGUAAUCAUACAACAAACCAAUUCGGAAAUAGAAAAGUCCAUAAAUUUCGUCUCUGACAGAAUAGAUAACCUGCAAAAAGAUGUCUCCAACAUAGAAAAGGAUCGCAAAGCUCUUGAGUCACAAAUAAACACAAUUAAUACCAAAUUCGACGCCUUGGAGAAAUACAUUCGCAAGACGAGUAUUGAGAUACGUAAUGUUCCGAAAAUAAGAGGUGAAAAUAGGGAGACUUUAUUUAAAUAUGCCCACACACCCUAA